UUAUCGAUAGCCGACUGCCAGCAUGUUUACAACGCUCCACAGCGAGGACACGGAAUACUCGGCGGAUUCCGUGGAGUUCCUGCCGCAGGAUGAUCCGGAGGAGGAGGGCUACUUUGCCUGCGGCACCUACCAGCUGGUUCAGGAGGAGGGGGAGCAUGAGCAGGAGGCGUCACCCAAGUGCCCACGCAAGGGCCGCGUUUACUUGUACCACUUCGCCGACUCGAAUUCCCGCCUGCAGCGGCUGCAGUGCAUCGAAACGGCGGCCAUACUGGACAUGAAGUGGUUGCCGGCCUGCAGGGAUGAUGGAGCUGCCCACCUGGCGACGGUCAACUCGCUGGGUCAGCUGGAAACCUAUGAAUUCCUACGGGACGAGCAGAAGCUGGAGAGGCGCACGUGCUUUUGCCUGGCGGAGGAGCAGGAUCAGGAAGCCCCCUUGGCUCUGUCCCUGGACUGGCGGCGGGAGCAGGCGAUCCAGCUGGCCGUCUCCGACUCCAAGGGUGGCCUGCAUCUGCUCAAGUGCUCCCCGCAGGGUGAGAUUAUCCGGGAGCGCUCGUGGUCAUCUGGACAUGGCUUCGAGGCCUGGACCUGCGCCUUCGAUCGCUGGUCGCCGCACCUCCUGUACAGCGGCGGCGACGACAUGCUCCUGCUGGCCCACGACCUGCGCACGGAGCAGCGCGCCUGGAGCAACCGGACGCACAUGGCCGGCGUCACCUGCCUGCUGAGUCAUCCGCGGCACGAGCACCAUUUGCUCACGGGCAGCUACGACGAGCAGCUGCGCCUGUUCGACACCCGGGCGAUGAGGCGACCUCUGGCCGAAUUGAACCUGGGCGGCGGCAUCUGGCGGCUGAAGCCGCAUCCCCUGGCCAGCGAUCUCCUCCUGGCCGCCUGCAUGUACACCAACUUCAGUGUGGUGCAGCUGGACGCCAGUGCGCCCGGCCUGAGCCUGCUGGGCGCCUACGAGGAGCACGCGAGCAUCUGCUACGGCGCCGAUUGGGCUCCGUUUCGGAGCAGGGACGACGGCUCCUUGACCAUGGCCACCUGCUCCUUCUACGAUCACAAGUUGUGCGUCAGUCGCGUGGAGAUUGGCAAAUAAGUUGGCAUUUUUUUGUAUUUAAAUUGAUUUAAGUGUAGUUUUAUAGGGAAUUGUUU